GAAGUUCUAAAGAGAACUUUUAAUUGUAAUCAAUGAAAGCAACUAAUUUUUCCCAGUGCAAUAUGUAAAGAAGGUUCAAAGAAGGAGAAAACAAAAGAGACGAUUUAGACACACCAAAAAUAUAUUAUUUCAAAAGUAGUAACUAUAUAUGUAGUAUAACACAAUACUAGCGCUUGUCGUCGAAAACACAGAGAUCGCUUCAGUCGUUAUCAAAGAUGGUUGGUUAUAAAAAGAAACGAAAUUUAAAUAUUUGCUAUUGUAUUAUCUUGCUGAGAGAUUUCUUAGACUUGUUUCUUAGAAUGGUUCUGCAGCCUAUCACGUCACGAUGUUUCGGACAGAACAGUAAUGCUCCAAGUUUUAUUUUUAAUGAACGAGAAAAUUUCGUCAGUGAUGGUAUUCCUCCAGUCAUUGCUGUCGUCUCCAUUUAAUGCUUCUUUCCAGGGAACUUCGGCCUAAUGAACAAAUACUCUUGUUCAUAAUUUAAUUCAUAUUGAUUAUCCACACAUUUCGGAUUGAUGAAAUUUUCGGCAGCAUCUUCAUAGAUAUCUUGAUUUUCGUUAGAUUCCAAAUUGUUAAUUUCGGCAUUUUCGAUGUUUUCUUCAUAAUUCCCCUCUUCAACAAUUGCGGGAUUUCGAAUCCAUCUUAUUCCUCCAAAUUCACAUAAUUUUCCGCUCUCUCAUCGUUGACUGCUUGAUUGUCUGCGUCGAUCCUUGUUGAAUAUCGUUUUCUUGGGCGUCCUCGCCCCCCGGUUCGAAUUAGGCUAGGUCUUCCUCGACCUCUUGUCUGUUGUACAACUCGAGGUUCAUUCACUAUCGGAUUAUUUUGCUCGUUAGUAAAUUCUUCGUUAUUUUCUUCGAAAUCAAGUUCAAAAUAACGUUCUUUCUUUCUUUCCGUGGGUUGAAGAAUAGUUCAGAAAAAGACGGGAGUGGUUUUUAGUGGGUCGACCAGAACGAGAGCGGUCAUCCCUACAUAACCUAAGAUUCUUUAUCCAGCAGAGAAUUUUCUUAUUUCCAAAGUACAUCAGUACGUGUGUCGAAGCAAAUAUUUACACAACAACCAAACAUGAUCUACCGCAGUAAAUUUUUGGUGGCAUUCAACUUGAUUUUGCUAGUGCUACUUGGGCAAAUUUCAAUCUUGAGAGGAAGCAAUGUAGAAGAAAAGGAAAGAACAUCCAUGCCUGAUAAUGAUAUCUGUACUCUUUUCGAUUAUUCCCGCGCAAUUGAUCGUUUGCUCUUUCGAAAAAAUUAUAAACCAUUAAUAGUGCUUAUAGCAAGUGAAUUUAUUGAAGGAAUAAAUAGAGUUAGAAAUAUAUCUCACAGCAAAAGAAUAUCAUACGAUAAAAUAAUAAAAAACAACAAUUAUUGGAGUAUGAUGUAUAAUAUAAUAUCGGAAAAUUUUUAUCUGUUUCAAGCUGACCAUGUGUACUACUUUAUUUAUCCUGUAAACAUUCUACACUAUUCUUUCACUAUAUACUGUCAAAAAAUGCUAUUAAGCGAUCAGGUGGGGGUUACGUUUGAUUUUGUUAACGUAAAGCAAGAGUAUCCUUUUUAUGAAGAUAUUUUAGUUCCUCUGAAACCAAGUUGCACCAAUUGCCUUCUGGUAGAAUACGUUAACAAAAAACUACAGGCAGGUGAGAGUUUCUCCGAAUUAUUCCAAUUGCGAGAACAAUUGUUUGGAGAAAAAACAAAGUACAUAUCCCUAGAAGCAUUCGACAAUGAUUACGUUUGCGAUUCGAUUGGAUUUAACAUUAAUUCAGAGAGCGAAAGUUUUAUAAUGCAUUUUAAUACAUUACUGCAACAAAUUAAAAAAAAUAACAAUUUUGAUGAAAGUUACAAGAAAAAUGUUUCCGACAGAAGUCUGAAGUGUUUUAACUCGAGACUUCUAAUAGUUAGACACGACAUGUUUUACGAUAAUAUUGAACAACCAAAUGAAAAGCACCCAUUUACUGGAAUUAAUUAUUUAAACUGGAUUAACGAAACUGUUUUUUCACUGAAUGCGAAUGAUACCUCAUUUGGCAAUAUAUGCAAGAAUGAACAUAAUAUAAAUACAUUUAAAUUGUUUUGUUUUAUAAAAGAUGUAUCUGAUAUUACAUCCUACAACAUAUCUGCAUGGACAGAUACCCUACAACAACAUGUCAAUAAAUCAUUGGUCAAACCAAUGGUGUGGUUCAACAGUUUGAUGUCUUUGUAUCAAAAUGAAUAUUUAGUCGAAAAAGAUUUUAUUUUACACCAACUUGAAAAUUUGAAAAAACAAACACUAAAUGAAAGUGGAAACUGGAGGAAUGCAAUGAGGAAGGCUUACAACUUGGUUUCAAAUUUGACGAGAGAAGAGAAUAGUAUCAAGUCAAUGCUAAGUUCACCCUGUUUAUUUUAUAAUUAUUUGGACACAAUCAAUGCUUUACUUCCUGAGAUGAAUUUCAAGAAAUUAGUAAUAAUCGUUACAAACAAUAUGCAGACAGGGAUUUGGAAAGCUGGAUUUAUUAGAGGCAAAAGAGUAAUACCGAAAAUAAACCGAGAGGAUCUUCAUUAUAAAAAACAGUUUGUGUAUGAUGAAAUAAUGAAACAUUUUUAUCUGUUUCAAUCCAAUGGUACUUAUUAUUAUGUUUACCCAUUAAACUUCAAUAGACAUCACGACGUAUUGAUUACCUAUUUCGAGUACAAGAUGAUUGAAGAUUAUUCAAAAGUUGUAUUUUAUUUUGUAAACAUUGCUAAUUAUUUUUCUCUUGAUGAAGUUAAUAAUAUUCGUCCUGACUCAGUAAUUUCCGCUCUACCAGACAACUGUCACUUAUUCACAACAAACUGUAGGAACCGUUUUUUGAAACCUAUAUAUUUAAUUACUCUGCAUCAAGAAUUUCACAGACGCUAUCCAAAAUAUUUUUCAGUAUACGCCACUUUUUUCAAUAGUUUCGCAGAAUUAAUUAAUAAUCCCCAUUCACAUUAUGAAGGAAAUAAUACGAUUGAAUAUGCACAGAAAUUUUACGACUUUUUAAAAGGACAACAAAUUUCUUACGAUACAGAAUAUUUAUUUAAUGAUAUACCGUGUUUAUCUUUGCAGAUAAUAAAUAAGAAAAUUAAUAUUGAUAUUAGCAUAACCGAACUAGGGAAUUUUUUCAACAUUUCUACUCUCAUACAAUCUGCUUAUAAAAACAUAACAUCGAUAAAUAUCACAGACAAUGAUAAUUUAAAAUAUUUUUGUAUGCAUUCGAAUAUUUUUCAGUUCAUUAAAUUCUUUUGCUUUUUGAAAAUUAAUUAUAUAGAAGGUAUGCUAAAAUUAAUAGAUACGACAUGGAAUUAUGUUGAGAAUAUGACAAAAAUUGCUGAAAAUGAGAAAAAUGUUAUUACUGAAUAUUUGUCAAAGACAUUAAAAUGGAUGAACGCAACGUUAUCGAUAGAUUACUCUGAAAUGUAUCAGAAUGAAGGUAGAAUUUUGAGACAAUCAAAACUUUCAUACUCAGAAAUACCAAAAAUCAUAUCAAAUGGUGAUGAUUUGUUAGACAAAUUCUAUUUAGUAAUAAGAGAAGCUGUAGUUUAUUAUAGAUGUAAAAAUUACACGAAAAGAAACAGUUCACAGUUAAAUCAGGAACUUAGUGCUCAAGUGUUGGACACGACCAAUAUUUCUGAAGAAGUUAGUAGUUGCCUCAUUAAAUAAGUUAUAUACUAUUUCUCUAAAAAUUAAAAUUAUUUGACCACAUUUAGCAAUUUACGACUUAAGAAAUAGUUCCCGACUUUUUGGUAAACUGUUUUAACUCCGUUUAUUCAAAAGUGCAAAAUCAGUUAUAUUCUAGGUAUAAUAAGCAAUCAAUUUUUCAAUUAGUGUACUACAAUCAUAUUAUUUACAAAAAAUAAUUUUUAUUAAUAAUUCAAUUAGAGUUAAUGUGAUAAGUUUUUCUUCCUUUUCCUCUUAAUCUGCAUCAGUGAAAUUCCACUGAAGAGCAGUGAAUGUUGACUGAGUUUUUCAGUGAAAUUUCACAAAAUAAUGCACAAAAAAAAAUUUCAUUAGGAAUA